GCUGCUUCCCAAGUUAAACUAGUCAAGAUGAUGAUGAAACUAGCUGUUGUUCUCUGUGCUAUUGUGGCAACCAGUAUGGUGUGCGCCAAGGAUUUUGAGGAGCAAGAUGCAUUGGACACUUUGCUGAAUCUGAUGCUCUCGGAAGAGGCUGCAUCUCCUGAUGACGCCGUAGCCUUGCAGAGGUGGUUCAAACACCAUCAUAUACAUCAUCAUUAUCAUCAUUUCAUACACCAUUAUGGAUUGCACCGGGGCCUCCAAGUUGCACGGAACGUAUGCAAGGGGUUUGCUCAUUCUCCAGAAGAAGCUCGUGCUAAAAUUCUGGCUGCGAUCCCAGAGAUGAAAGAAGAGGAUCUCAGCGAAGAGUAUCUUCGAUUGAUCUGCGCAGGUCACUACCAUCACCACCACCAUGGCCGUUAG